UCUCCUUCCCCUACUGGAAGAAGCAGGGUUUUUUCCUCCCUGUGAGAAAAAUUUACUCUGAGAACCAGGUUGAGCGCCUGGAGGUAAAUCCCAGACAAUUGCAGGGCAGGAAGAUAGCUUUUUAACUUUCAAGAGUUGUCUACACUGAGCCUCCAGCAAUUUGUCAGCUACAGUUCAGGUUUUCCUACUCUGCACUGGUUGCAGGGCCUUCUAGGAGGUCGCGGUUUGGAAAAGUCAGGCAGAGGGUCCUGCAACUUCGUUGUGGAGGGUGUAAGAAGGUUGACAUGCUGCAAAAUUGGAUUUUACAGACUGCGCUUAUCCUUGGGUACGUGCAGGUUCCGGAAGCAAGUACCGACAUAAUCCUCUUGGGGCUCAGGAUUUUUCCCCUCAUUGGUUGCCUGGAGUUCCAGGACCACCCUGGAUUCACAGCAGCGGGAAUAAGAGCAGCUGCUGGUGCUGAGAGGCAUUAGAAGCACUGCCCAGCUUACGUCUCCUUUCUCCGCCAGUGCCAUCACCUGCCACCAGCGCGGUUGUUGCUUCUCCCACUUGGGCUCCAAGCUACCUGGUUCCUGCAUCCAGAGGGGCACCAUGGGCUUCUGGAAGUUCCCCCCCUUCCUGAUCCUCAGCAUCCUGGUCCUGUACCAAGCAGGAAUGCUCCAUGCAGCGCCAUUCAGGAUGGCUUUGGGAAGCAGCUUUGAUUCUGCCACACUCACGGAAGAGGAAAUGUCCCUCCUACUGGUUGCAAUGGUGAAGGAUUAUGUGCAGAUGAAGGCCACUGUGCUGGAGCAGGAGACAGAGGACUUCAGCAUCACCACCCAGGAGAGAUCCUGCAACACUGCCAUCUGUGUGACCCACAAGAUGGCAGGCUGGCUGAGCAGAUCUGGGAGCGUGGUUAAGAACAACUUCAUGCCCAUCAACAUGGGCUCCAAAGUCUUGGGCCGGCGCCGCAGACAGCCUCAGGCCUGAGCUGUGAAAUGACUCUAAAAAGAAGGUCACCAAGAAGUUGAACUCAAGUUGCUUUCACUGCAAAGUUGCUUUCCCUGCAAAUUAAAAGAACCAAUUUGAAAAAUAGCAUGGAAGACACACAUAUAUGCAUGCUUCUUGCUUGAAAUACAACUUUUUGCUUGAAACAAACUAAACCUAAAUGCAGAAUAAAAUCAUUGCAGUUA